UUUGAUUUGAUAACGGGUUGAAAGUGAGAAAUGAAUGACAGUAGGACGGAUAGAUAGUGGGUGAUCGUUGCUGGUGAACAAGGAACUUUUGGAGUUAAUUCCGCAAAAUACUGAUAAAGCGCUGGAAAAUCAGCGCAUGCGCUGCAUUAUAUCCGGUUUUGCUACAUUUACUUUACAAUUUCUGUGUAGAAAGAAAUGACUACAGUCAACGAGGAAGGGAAGGACAAAGUCAUAUUUGUUACCAAGGAAGAACAUGAAAUUCCCAGCACUGUGAAACUGGUUGAGGAGGAUGCAGAUGAGGACCAUGAAAAAAAUGGUCUCAUCUUGCCGAGUGGUGAGAUAAAUUGGGACUGUCCGUGUUUAGGGGGGAUGGCAAGUGGAGUGUGUGGAGAGCAGUUUAAGACUGCAUUCACCUGCUUCCACUUUAGUCAAGAAGAGGUGAAGGGUUCGGACUGUCUGGAGCAGUUCAGUAGCAUGCAGGAAUGUCUUCGGCAACAUCCUGAACUCUUCCCGCAAGAAGAUGAUCUUCAAAGUGCCAAUCCUGGAUCAAACGCAGAACAAAAAGACUCCACUUCCAUCUCUGACUUAAGCACAAGCAAAGAGUCUGACCCUCUGCCCACUGGCAUGAAUGAUAUGCCUUCACAGCUGCCCAUAGCUAGUUAAAAUUGGAGAACAAGCGAUUUCCAUCUCUUAUUCCAUUUUUUGUUUUACUUUAAUCUAUUUAUAUCUGUUUUUAAGAUGAGACACAAAGGAAACAGGGACACUGUUUCCUUUGUGAAAGUAAUAAUAUAUGGACUAUAUAAUUUUUCCAGAAUAUUUUUGAACAUGAACAUGAUAUCCUGAAAUAUAUAAUGUGAUAUCUUAAAAAAUGGUGAGACAUCUCUCUCUUAUAGUGUGUGCUGAAAAAUAUCAAUCUCAUAUUUAUGAAUUUUGUGUUCUUCUUUCUUUUCUUUUUUAAACUUCUUUUUCAUUUUUUGUUCCUACAAUCGCCUUAAUCCAAGUGUAACUAUUGAGUGUAAUAUUGAUGUGUGAAAGUGUAUCAUUUAAAGUCUACUGAGAUUAACGUGUCAGACAUGGUACUUAAGUGAGUACAAGUAUUUGCGUGUAAAAUGUGAAAUCAUAUUUUGAUUAAAAGUUAUAAACUCA